CAACUGAAAAUUAAUUGAAAAAAAAAUACAAAUACAAAUAAAAAUAAAAACCAUAUAAAUACAUGGGCAAACAAAAAACGUUGACAAAAAUCUUUGAAAAAAAAAAUAAAUAAAUUUCGUUUAAACUUUAAACAAAUAAGCGGCAAACGAAGAACUGAAAAUCGAACUAGAAAAUGUAUGAGCGCAGCGCGACUCAGCGUGAGCGCUAUGGGGCGUUUGUUCGCCGGCGAAUUGAAGUCAGUUGCUGAAUUGCGAUAAUAUUGGCAGGUGGUCGGCGCAGCGUCGAUCGGCUGACGAGCGUUUUCCACUUUUUCACAGCAAAAAUUUUAGCAUUUCAUUUGUGCCAGAGUACGCGCGCGUAGUGUUACUUGUUGUUGGCGUGCGGGCGAAAUGUGUGCGUAAUGAAGUUGCAGAAGCGAUGCUGGCAUUGUCGUCUACUGCUGCUGCCCAUAGCACUGCUGCUGCUCACUUGCAUCUUCAGCUGCGUGCAAUUCAUUGAGUAUGAGUAUGCGGAGUUGGAAGUUGAACGCUACGAACAGGCGCAAGUGCUACCCGUUGCCGCGGUGAGUGACUAUGUAAUUGCGGUGCGCGAAUUCCUCGGUGCUGCGCCGACUGGAGCGCCCACCGCGCCGUGGGAAUUUUAUCAUUACAACGCGGCACGCAGUGAUGCAAUUGGCGCCUUGCGCGCGCUACCCGAUACACGUGACGCCAGCUGCACCGCGCGUCCCUAUCAUCUGGCGGCGCAACGCGCGCGCGUCUCCAUCAUCAUCGCAUUUCACAAUGAGGCACGUUCGGCGCUGUUACGUACUGUAAUGACGUUGUAUCACCGCACGCCGCGCCGCUAUCUGCACGAGCUGAUACUGAUCGAUGACUGCAGCGCGGAUGUUGAUCUGUUGCCCGCCAUGCUUAACCUCAAGCUACCGCCAUUUAUGCGUAAUUCCUCAACGCCACAGUCGCCAACGACGCCGACCACAAACUAUGCCAGCUUACAUUCUUCGCUGAACGCGAGCAACAGUGCGCCCACUUCGCAGCCACAAGUCACAAUUAAAACCGCGCGUAAUACCCGACGCUUGGGCGUGAUUGCAUCACGUAAUCGCGGCGCGCGUCUUGUCACCGGCGAUUAUUUACUCUUCCUCGACAGUCACUGUGAGGUUAAUGUGGGCUGGCUGGAACCGCUGCUGGAGCGUUUGGCCAUAGGCGCGGUGGCCGUCAGUCCCGUUCUGGAUAGUAUCAAUGCGGAGUCAUUGGAGUAUGCGGCGAGUUCGAAGAAUCUCAUGGGUGGUUUCGAUUGGAAUUUACAUUUUCAUUGGAUACCGCGUACGCAAUCAACGCAAUCACAGCCACAGCGACGCGACCAAUACAACCAACAGCAGCAGCAACAACAACAAAAACAGCCAGCAUUCGGUGAAUUAAGCAGCGAAACCGCAUAUUUACAGCAAUUCAGUUGGGCGCGUCGUAGAUUCAGCGAGGCGCGUAUACGACGCGACACAAAUAGCGCCGCAACGGCAUUCAAAAGCCCUACUUUUGCUGGUGGAAUAUUUAUGAUCUCUCGCGAAUGGUUUUUCAAAUUAAAUGGUUUCAACCCGUUACUAGAGACUUGGGGUGGCGAGUCCAUUGAAUUCUCCAUUAAAUUGUGGCUUUGUGGCGGACAAAUCGAGAUUGUGCCAUGCAGUCGGGUCGGGCAUAUUUUUCGCAAGCAACAUCCAUUUCGAUUUCCCAAUGGCAGCGAUAGCCAGACAACAUAUCUCAGAAAUUCCAAAAUCAUCGCAGAAUCCUGGUUGGACGCCUACAAAUAUUUCUUCUACGCCUCCAAGCCGGCAGCCAAGCGCAUCGCCAUCAACAGCAACGACACAGAGCAAAGCCAUCAGUUGAGGCGCGCACUCAACUGCCAGCCAUUCUCUUGGUAUUUGCAGAAUGUUUUCCCACAACUGAAACUGCCCAACGAUGACUUCAUCGCAUUUGGCGCACUAAGCUCCGGCGAGCUUUGCCUGCACAUCAGCAAUCAUGCCACCGGUCAGCUGCAUAUGACUAGCUGCUUCCAAAAUGACGUUACUCACUGGUAUCUCCACCGUCAAAAUUCUCAAUUGCAGGCCAGUUCCGGUGCGUGUCUGCACGUAGUCGCCGAUGUGCCGAAGCGUGCGACGCCGCUGAGUAAUGCGACGCGUUCGACGCAUUUUCGCGUUGUGUUGCGGCCAUGCGUCGAUCAGGAUGUCGGCGAGCGCGGGCACAAUCAAAAACAGACACCGAGUCAACGUUGGUUGCGUCGCGGCGGCUUGUUGGUGCACCAACAGACGCAGUUAUGUCUCGAUAAUCCGCUAAGCGAUGUGGUGGUCGUCAGUCAUUGCCGCAAUGCUGCGCCGUCACAGCUGUUUCGCUUCGCCAUGGAACUGCAGCGACUGUAAAGGAGUUGGCGGAGAGCUGAGGAGACCAUAUGCAGGGCUACAUGUGUGUAGAUAUUUGGCUUCACCAUCUGAGUGGCUGUGUUUGAAUUUGGUGAAUAGUUUGGCCGAUUUGUGAGAUGGUAAUCAAAUAUGGCAACACUGCCACAACAAAAAUUAGUUGCAGUGUAUCUUAGAUUUUCUGUUAAAUUUGUAUAAAAUUAGAACUCGCGUAUUUAUUUAAGUUAAGUUAAUCUAAAUCAAGCGCUUUAAUUCAAAAAUAAAAAAAAAUAUUUAUUUCCU